CAAAACAACAUAAACAUGGGCAAGUCAAUGUCAAGAUUGUUCAAGAAGAGCAAGGACAUCAGAGUUCUGAUGUUGGGUCUAGAUGCAGCUGGCAAAACAUCAUUGCUCUAUUGGUUGAAGCUUAAAGAGACUGUACCAAGCAUACCUACAGUUGGAUUCACAGUCGAAACAAUAUACUUUCAGAAUCUAGUCUUCACUGUUUGGGAUGUCGGUGGACAGGAUAAGAUACGUAACCUAUGGAGACAUUACUAUGUUGGAACACAGGUAUUGAUCUAUGUCGUGGAUAGUAGUGAUAGAGAACGUAUGGAAGAGUCAAAGCAACAAUUAUAUAGAGUACUGAAUGAUCCUGAAAUGAGAGAACCAAUAUUAUUAGUGUAUGCCAAUAAGUGUGAUUUGCCAGGUGCGAUGACAACAGAGGAGAUUGCAACAACGAUGGGACUGCAACAGUUGGAAAACAGAAAGUGGAAUGUAAUGGCAUCAUGCGCUAUCACUGGACAGGGUGUGGAGGAUGGUCUGGCAUGGCUGGCGAGUCAAAUGAGCGCUCAAUCAGCAACAGCAACCGCCGCCAAGAAAGGCAAGGAGAAAAGCAGGAAAGGA